GCGGGCACGACGCUAAUGUAAAAAAUGCGACGCUAUAAGAGAGAGUCCUGCGAAAUUCUACGUAGUUAAUCUACGUUCCUCUCAAGUGAUCUUUAAGUGAUAAUAACCGGUGUUCAGCUCCUACCUUUAUCCAAGGAAUUAAUAACUCAUAAAUCAAUCAAAAUGCCUGGACCAUCUAGACCACUUUGGCAAGUUGCUGGUAAACGCGACCUUGACCAAGAAAGAGAAGCCCAAGCAUGGAUCGAAUCGGUUAUCGGCGAAAGGUUCCCAUCUUUGCCCUAUGAAAUAGCGCUUAGAGAUGGAAUUAUCCUUUGCAAGUUGAUGAACAGAUUAGCUCCUGGAAUCAUCCCAAAAGUCAAUAUUUCAGGUGGCGACUAUAAGAUGAUGGACAAUCUUAGCCAAUUUCAGAAAGCUUGCGUCAAAUAUGGAGUGCCCGAUGUGGACCUUUUCCAGACCACUGACUUGUGGGACCAAAAGAACAUUGCUCUAGUAACCACCACCAUUUUUGCUAUUGGUCGCACUUGCUAUAAACAUCCCGAAUGGAGAGGACCAUUCUUAGGUCCCAGACCAUCAGAAGAAAACAAACGCGAUUUCUCAGAAAGUCAAUUGAGAGCCGGUGAAGGUAUGAUUGGUCUCCAGGCUGGAUCCAACAAAGGCGCCACUCAAGCUGGACAAAACUUUGGUGCCUCUAGGAAAAUUAUCCUUGGAAAGUGAAUAUAGUACCCAUAUUUUUAUUUAAGAAUAACCAAUAUUUUAUAUGCAAUGUAGUUAAAUAUCAAUAUCAUAUUUUAAUAAAGAAAGAACAAAUAGCGUCGAAUUUUUAAAUUAUGUAAUUAUUAUUAGGCAUACAACAAAACUGUUUUCCACAGGCUAAUAUAGAUGUAUUUUUCCUAAUUUUAGUAAUUUAUUAUGGUUCUGACGAGUCACUCAUCUAUCUGUAAAAUAUUUAAUUUUUUAACUAUAGGUACACACAAAUUAAAGGCAUACCGCACUGUAAAUACUACAACUUGAAUAAACAAAAAAAACUGAAUAAAAUUAGAUUUUUGUA